CGUCCUCCCCCUCUGCCGUCACGGCUGAGAAUUCUGGGACUUGCAGUCUCCAAGGUCGGGAGGCGCCGCGGCCGCCGGCCGGUGACGUCAUCGAGGGGCGACGCGGCGUUCCUUGCAGAGCCGCAGCGGACGUGCAGGCGGCGGGUGGAGGUCAGGUCCUCGCUUUGCGGCGGCCGCCCCCGGGGAAGGCCUCCUCCAACUCCUCCCAGGAAGAAUGGCGGCCCGGCUGGUGCCCCGCUGCUAUUGGCUCUGCCGGACCUUCGGCCCCUCUGGCCUUCCCGCCGGCCACUGGGCCCAGGCCCCGGGCUCGGCCUGGCCUCCCUUGGCCGCCCGGAGGACGGCUUACAACCUGUCGCAAGUGGCCGACAAGCUCCCGGUGAAGGAGGCGGAGAGCAAAGCCCCGGAGUCGUCCGCCCGGUGGGAAGAGCUGGUCCUGGCUUCCUCCAGCGUGGAGGAGCUUCUGAGUCCGGACCGUCUGCAGGACCUCAGCGGGCACCGGGCCUCCCUGCUGAUCACCCGCUGGUCCCACCUGGCCUCCCGGCUGAAACUGGAUCCCCAGGAGAUCCUAAAGGAUCAGCGCUUCCAAGAGCUGCUCCAUCACACCUACAAGGAGGCCCCCCGGAUCCGCGACCUGGCCCUGGUCAACCUGCUGAAGAGUCUGUACUUCCUCGGGGUGCCCCCCCAGACGAAGGAGCUGCGCUCGGCCGAGGUGGAGCUGCGCUGGCGCCUGCGCGGGCUGUCCUACCGGCGCCUGGCUUCGCUGGCCACCUACCUGGCGGGCUUCCGGCCGGAGGGGCAGCCCCGCGAGCUGCUGGCCGAGCUGUGGGCCCAGCUGGAGAUGCGCUGGGCCGAGAUCGAGGACGCCCCCACCAUCGCCGUGCUGCUGGCCAGGCAGGACUGCCUCUCGCCCCAACUGCGGGAGCGGCUGGAGGAUAAGGGCCUGGAGCUGGCCGCCCACUUCUCUGCGGCCGACAUUCGCCGGAUCGCCGUCGCCUUGGCCCAGCACAACCACCGGUCCUUGCCGCUGCUCCGGGCCAUCUCCUACCAUUUUGUCCAAAAGCAUUUCGGCGUCCCGCCAGAUGUCCUGCUGGAUUUGGCUUUCGCCUUUGGGAAGCUGAACUUCCACCAGACCCAGAUGUUCCAGAAGAUCUGCGCAGAUCUCCUGCCUCACCUGUCCGGCUUGCCUCCGACGGACGUGGUCCGCUGCGUGAAGUCCUUCUCGUACCUCAAGUGGUUGAACCUGCCUUUCUUCGAGGCCUCCGCCGAGUACUUCAUCAAGAAUAGCAAGAAAUUUACGCUGAGCCAGCUCAUUAAUCUCCUCGUUUCCUACGCCCGCUUGAACUUCCAACCUAGCAACAAAGAAGAGUUUUACAGCAAGGUAAUUUAUUGGCAUUUUCUGUUGUCGGGUGGCGGGUUCAGGGGCCGCUCACACCUGGCAGAUGAAGCUGGGACUAAACCUAUUUCUUUAAAUAUAUAUACAUAUAUAUAUUGUUUCAGAAUCGUCUGAAGAAAUACAAAGUCAGAACAGAAUAAGAAUGGAAUGGAGUAGAAUAUAGAAUAAAAUAAAAUAAAAUUAAUAGAAUAGAAUAGAAUAGAAUAGAAUAGAAUAGAAUAGAAUAGAAUAGAAUAGAAAA